UUGUACAUAGGCGCAUUGUAUUUGAAAGGAGGAAAUUACAACGAAACCAUUUCCUAUCUGUACACACAUGCGCAAACGGAAGAAUACAUGUUGACAAAUUUGUGUUUUUUAUUUUAAUUUUUAGAGAUAUUUGCAUAUAUGAUAGCACAAAUGUGAUAGAAUAUAUAUUACUUUGGUACAUAAGUACCAGUGAUGUCAGCUUACGUACCCAAUUCGUCCUCGAGGGAUAGUAAGUCGAGCUUCUGGAAAGCCGGGGCAAGCGUACCUGGAAGCAUCAAGCCUGUGUAUGGAGCACAGCAUCCUCCUAUGACACACAAGCCUAAAAGUGAAUCGCCAAAGAAAGAAGAACGAGUUCGAGGCAGCAAGAGCGAUGCUUUCGUUAACUUUGAGAACAGCACUUCGGACGCAUGGGAUGAUGGGGAUGAUGAUCUUCUGCAGAUGGCUAGCGUACAGAUGUCACUGCGAGACGUCCGGUCAUCGGCAAACGCUGUACUCGAGCACCACAGCAAACAGAUAAACUCACACAGAGGUUCACUGCCAGAUGGUGAUGGAACAAUGUCCCCAGGUUCCUCACAUCCUCACGGUGGUGGUCCAGGCAUCGGGGUGAGACUGAACAGCUACAAGACCCCAAAGACCUCGCAUAUCUGCUGUGUUCAGCCCUCUCUCGUAGAUAGGGAGGCAGCAAAGGCAGAGAAAUUCAAAACACUUCUGGCAGAGACCAACAUAGAUCUAGAUGAUCUUAGGCAGCUUAGCUGGUCUGGAAUACCAACCAGUGUUAGACCAGUGACAUGGAAAAUUCUUGCUGGCUAUCUUCCUCCAAAUGCCGAUAGACGAGCAGCAACACUGGAGAGAAAAAGAAAGGAGUAUUUUGGUUUUAUUGACCAGUACUACGAGACACGGUAUAAUGAUAUGCAUGAAGAUACUUUUCGACAGAUUGCUAUAGACAUCCCUCGAAUGAACCCCCUCAUUUCCAUAUUCCAACAAGAUGUGGUCCAAGAAAUUUUAAAAGAUAUCCCUCGCAUGACUACACUAGCACAUUUGAUGAAACAUAAGGUUGUCCAGCAAAUAUUCGAGAGGAUUCUCUUCAUUUGGGCCAUACGACACCCGGCCAGUGGCUAUGUGCAGGGUAUCAACGACUUGGUCACACCUUUCUUUGUUGUUUUUCUCUCAGAGUAUAUUUCUAAUGACAUUGAAGCUGAAAACUGUGAUAUAAACGAGCUUCCUAAAGCCACACUCGAUAUUAUUGAAGCGGACAGCUUCUGGUGCACCACCAAACUGUUGGAUGGAAUUCAGGACAACUACACAUUUGCUCAGCCCGGCAUUCAGAUGAAAGUGAACGCACUUCAGGAGCUCAUUAAAAGAAUAGAUGCUCCUCUUCACAAACAUCUGGUGUCUCACAAUGUGGAAUACCUCCAGUUCUCGUUUCGGUGGAUGAACAACCUGCUGAUGCGAGAAAUCCCACUCAGGUGUACAAUACGACUGUGGGAUACAUAUCUGUCUGAAGUAAAUGGCUUUGCUGACUUUCAUCUUUAUGUCUGUGCCUCAUUCCUUGUGCAGUUUUCAUCAGACAUUUUACGUGAACGAGAUUUCCAAGGCAUAUUAAUGUUUCUUCAGAACUUGCCGACGCGUCACUGGAACAAUAAAGAAAUUAGUGAAAUCAUGGCUGAAGCGUAUAAACUGAAAUACAUGUUUGCCGAUGCUCCAAACCACUUGAUGAAGAAGUCAUGACGACGAGGUGCCCGUCACCGAUUGUUGUUGAUUCAUAUUGAACCGAGAGACACAUGUUGAGGCCCUGUUUCACCAACCAGCUCUACCCACGGUUGAUUGUAGAUAAAUAAGCUUUACAACCAGUUUACAGAACAGCUGUAUGGCAGUCGUUAAAACUUCACUGUACAAAAUGGCAAAGAAUUACUUGAUUAUUAUUAAUAAUCAUGGAACUGCUACAUUGUUUUGUUAGUAUAAGUAAUUAAAUUUUUUUUUAAUGGAUUACAGUUUUGUAUGAACAUCAUACAUAAGAUAUAAACAAGAAAAUAUAUGUUAUCACAUGCUGGGUGUAAUUAAAGGGUAUAAAUGAGUUACUGCAAUGUUAUAAAAUAAUAAUUAAAAAAAAUUUCUUUUCAACUUGAUCAACUACAGAUGGGGAGGGAAAUGCCAUUAUUUUGAUGUCUGGUUAAGUAUUGAUGAAAAGAAAAACUGAUUAACGUUUUCUACAUUCACUUGACUUUUACAUGUCAAGAGUUGUUGAACAUUUUCAUUGUAACUUGAGAAUACACUAAAAGCUGAUUGUGAAACAGGCUGCCAAUGUUUGGGGAAAUUUUGUAUAUUAAUGGUAUGUAUUUGUUAUGAGAAGUUUUGUUACAGACGUUUUGUGAAACGGAAUCCAUAUGUAUAAAUCACUGAAGACUUAUGAUAAUCCAUCAUAUUAAAAACUUCAAAAGUCACUGUUCACAAGAGAAGUUUGGGUUUACAAAUCUUGGUUCAUGCUGUAAAGAAGAUGGAGAUCACGUUCACUUGUACAGAUCUUGUACAGAUCUUGUGUUUAUGAAAGUUGUUCCCAAGUGAAUUUCACAAAUCUUUGUGCAUGGCAGGUCUUAUAAACUCGGACUGGGAUUGCUAUGUAUAUUUUCAUAUACAGAAAACGUUGGUUUUAUUGCUAAGAUGUGACACUGUACUGAUGUGGAAUACUCGCCUAAAAACAUAUUUAUUAAUCAGAUUGAAUAUUGCUAUUGUAUAUGCACUCAAAGCUGAAAGAAAUGUAAAAUUCUAUUUAUGCCAGCAUUUGAGCCAGAAACGGAUCAUUUGCCACUUCGCGUUUGACCUUGUUGGCAAGGUUUUGAAGGUCAGCAAUAUCGUGUUGUUUGAUUGGGCUUAGGUUUUAAAUCCUGGCAGUAAUAAAUACAAGCGAACAGAAAAAUUUGUGCUGGAAUUCUAAUUAGUGAGUCACCCAUUACAUUCUGUUGUGUAGUGACAUACUCUAACUUUUCAAUCUGGAUGUUUACUGAUGUCUUCUUGUCCUUUCUCUAAUAUUGUGAAACAUUUGUGACCAAACGCUGUGAAAACGUCAUUUGUUUAUUGGUUGAACACCUCGAAGAUUACAUUUAUAUAAAAAAUCUAACAAUAUUUACUUUUAUGCUAUUGCUCAAUGGAUUUAUGUCGAGUACAAGGGUUUAUAAAGAACAUUCACUUUCCAGCUUUAAUGUUCCUACUUGCUAGGUCUAUGGUUUGGUCAAAAUCUUGUUUCCUUCAGCUUUGCAGUACAUACAACCAAAAAUGUGUUUUUAAAUGUUGGUUUGGUGAGCAUUUGUUAAAAUGAAUAUGUAUGCACUUACUCAGUUUUUAUAUAUUUCACACACUUAACUUGUAUCCAAGUUUUGGUCCUGUGUUUGUAAACCUUUUUAAAAUUUGUAUGUUGAUGACAUAUUAUUUAAUAUCUCCAGACUUUAUUAAAAGCUAACUUUAUAAUAAAAUAGCCAUGACCUGUAUGAUUUAAAUCUGUUUUACUGUAUACUUUGUAAAAAGGCUUAUUUCUACUUUGCGUCUGGCAAAAUACCUAUGCUAAAAGUUCCAAACUUUAUCCAAAGAAAAGGAAGCCUUGUAUGUGGCAUCAUUUUGUUUUCAGUAUGUACAGUGCUACAAAUCAAACAAAUUCAAAAGAAAAUCAUACAAACUAUGUCACUAUUCAAGAGAGUUAACUCUGGUAAUUUUUCUUUUGGCCAAAAAGCAAUUUGUAUUCAGGAAUUUCAAUAUUUAUUUUUAAUAGAAUUGAAAUGAACUUUAUUGGAAAUGAAAUCAUCCGUAAUGUCAUCUAAUAUUGGACUACAACUUUUGCAAAACAAUUCUAUCUGGUUUUCACUUUACUUUAUUAUAAAGUUAAUCUUUGAAGCCAUGAGUUCAAGUCUUGUCAGCACAAGGCUUUUAUUUCCUGCCAAUAUAUACCACUGUGACUGUGACAGACAGUGAUGCUAGUUUGUCCACAGAACACAUGUUGAUAUUGAUUCAGACGAGAAGUAGAAAAUGUUCUGAAAUAUGGAAUUGUUGAAUAUUGAUCAGCAAAGCUAAAACAUGAAAACUAGUAAUCAGUACUUCAGCUGUAUAUCAUGUUAAAACUAAAUAUUUCAAGUAAAAGUAAUGCAUGUUUACUGGGCUCAAACUUAAUAAUUUCUUAUUUUUAAAAUGUUUUUACGGUAGGCCACAUUAAUCUUGAGGCUGCCUACAACAAUUUUAAACCAGUAACCUUUGCAGCAAAUAAAUAACAGCUACAAAAACCUGCCAUUGGUAAAGUCCCUGACCUACGGUAAUUCAUAUCACAGCUACAGCAGUUGGCGUCGGUGCCAUUGUAAGUUCUGUGAUCUGUGCAAGUAUUAUUGGCGUAUGUUUACACAUAAGGAACUUGACAAAUAAAUAUAUAUAUCAAACAAGGUUAUCAGAUCUGAAAUGAAUCAAAUAUGUCUUUCUGUUGUGGUCUUCACAUAAUGUGAAAGUAUUUUGUGGCAUAAUUUAUUUUAUUACAUUAAAGAGGAUGAUUUUUUUUAGCCAAAAUACUCUCUUUUUUUAUAUAUAUAAUGGAAAGUCCUGUAAGAAACCUUUGUUUUUCCAAAGAUGGUUGCACAAAUGUUAGAUAUUGAGACUGACAGCCAUUUUACUUAUGUUAAGGCUGAUAUUGAUCCGACAUAAAACAAUGCUCAGAUACCUUAAGCCCUGAUUCCAUUUAAGUGAUUUAUGCUGUGUUUCCACGCUGUCCAACGCAUCGUGAAAUGACGAGUAAGCAUGCAGCAUUAGAACUUUGGUCAGCUGUUUCCAUUGUGGCGGUAAAUGCAGGUGGGUAGAGCUCACUGUCCAUCAGUCUCAGUGACCUGACCUCGAAUGUAGGAAUUGGCUGAACAUUGCAUUUGGGGUGUUUCAUGAUUGUGAUGGCAGAGUGUUUUUUUUUAACACAACACUAUUGUGGAAACCAAUUUUUAUUGUAAUUCUAGUACAGCAAUCGAAGCGUUUUACUGACGCAAUUCAUGCGGUGUGAAACACCGAAAUGAAAACAGGACCGUUGGCAUGUUCAGGUGGUCGAGUGCUUGUGUCUCUCACUAGCCUGGUUUUGCACCUAACUUUCAAAAGAAUACGAUGGGAUAGGAUAAUUUGAAAAGCAGAUAAAUUAUUCAAAUUGUUUACCCUCCUAAACAUGGUAUUGAUAAUUUGUUGAAAUAUUUUCAUUCUAAUUUUUUUUAUUUUUAGAAGUGGAUAGUUUACAAGACUGAAAGAUGUUAGUAUAUUUUUGGUAUUUGAGACCUAGCUAGUGCAUAAUUUUUACAAAUAAUAAGAUGAAUUUAAAAUAAUAAGAUCAUGAAGUAGGGUUCAUUCUGAACUCUGUGCAGUGUUCAUUAUGUUUUUAAGUAGGUUAAGCAUCUUAAACAUUGUACAUGUAGCCAGUGCUGUUAAAAUAGCCGAUCAUUGGCAACUUAUUUUGACAAGCAUCUUUUGGAAUAUAAUUAAUUUUAACUAAUAUAAUUCAUCGCUAUUUCUCUUUUAAAUGGCUUAUUUGAAAUUAAGAAAAACCUUGAGCACCUAACAGUCUACUUUACUUUUAUAUUUAUAUUUUAUCCAAUUAUCCUAUAAAGUAUUUCUCCCUUAAAAUAAACACAUGAUGAUCGCAUUUUGUAAAUUCAGCUCAUGUUUAUUUGCAAGUAAUUCUGUGUAUUUGAAUUAAGUCUUGAAAGUGUUUAGAAGCUUGUGGAGGUAGUUGGCAUAUUAUUUGUUAGAUUUUUAUCCAUGGUAUGAAAGAAAACGCCUGUAGCCUGAAUUAUUUAACGUACAUGUAUAAAGGUAAUGUAGAAUGUUGCAGGUCAAGGGUAUUGUCUUCAUAUUUUGUUAAGAGAUAAUAUGCGAGUAAUAAACAGUCAUGUUUU